UCCAAAGAAGAAGACGAAGAAGAAGACGACCAAUCAGACGUGCUGUCUAGAAAGGAAGUCGUUUGAGGUUUUUAAGGCGCCAGUUUUGUGUUGUCGCUGAAAUCGUCCGGCUGUGUUUUCUGUUUACAACUGGCACUUAAAAAGCGACAAUGGCCGAAAACACGUUCCCUAUCUAUAGUGCAGACGCGGUAGUCAAUUUCUACCGAACGGAAGUUCUGACUGGUCAAGAGGCAAAACAUUUUACCAAGAGCGACCUGACUCCCGUUCCUAAGCCAGAGGCAGUUCAGACGUUGUACAUGAGAGUGUUGCAUCUCCUGUAUCGUUUCAGACCCGAGUGUCACUCCAUGGUUCCACUUCUGGAGAACAUUCAGAACCCAGAAUAUCACGAGGGGGCCACUGCUAUCAUGAGCGUCUACAUGCGCAUGCAACAGUUUUUGCCAAUAUGCUUGGUGUACGACUUUUCCCUGAGUGACCUUCUAGCUCCAAAAAAACAGAAGACUCUGACUAUUCUAAGUGGCAUCAUGAACUUUCUCCACUUCAGGAAGCAGAGGAUGAGCGUGAUUUCGGAGAAGCAGGCCAAAUUUAGGGCUGACAUGGACAGGCUGCAGUUCUUCACCAAAGGCAUUGCCGAAGCAAAGGCGAAGAUUGCGAUGCUGACGAACAUCCCGCCGGAGCAGCAGGCCGAGGCCGACGAGCUGGCCACUGCUCUCUCGGAGCUGCAGGCCGCCACCAAGCAUGAAUGCCAGGAAGUGAAUGCGAUGAAUGAAAGCAUCGCAGAGUGGAAAACCAAAAUCGCGGAGAAGACUCAGAAACUGGCCCAGGUGAAGGUGGACGUCAGCAACCUAAAAGAAGACAUCGGCAAACUCAAGUCUCAGAUUGUGGAGUCUCCAGAAGAGCUGAAGAGUGAGAUGGAGAAGAUGAGGGAGAAUGUCAAGAACAUCAAGUUCUCCAUCGAAGAAACGGAUGAGCGCGUGGUGGAGCUGCAGAACUUAGGGCAGGCUGUGAGUCACUCCGUGGCUGAGAUCCAGCAGAUGUACAACCUGCUGCAGGACCUGGAGAGCAGCAUGAACAACACCAAGCAGCGGCAGGAGGAGGUACGAACAAGAGAUUCACACCCCGCCCACAAAAAGCACCAGUCAAUGAUGAGAGAAAUUAAGGGAGCGCUUCUGUGUGUCCAGGCUGUGUACGACACCCUGUCAGCCUCAAUGGACGAGCUGCACCGGAGAAUCGAGAAGCAAACCUCGGACCUGAAACAAGAUGUCACCAAGAUGUCUGAAAACUUUUAAAUGGAGCGUUUUUGGAUUGUUAUGUUACUGUGUGGUAUUACUCGUGUGUUUCUACUUUGUUCUAACCUUUUUUUUUUUAUCUAAUCAAAAUGUAUUUAAAAGUUAUAUAUCAGUUAAUAAAUCCGAUCAGUCCGGACUGUGUAGCUCACUGUACAA